AGUGAAGACAGAAGAGAGCAGAUGAGACGACUUCAGAGAGACAGGAUGUAGAAGAGCAGACAGGUGAACAGGUAUCAGGAUCAUCAUGUCCAUCACUGUGACUCUGAAGAAGAUCAUCAACCUGCCGGGACGAUCUGACAGAAAGGUCGAACUCUGCUUCAGAGGUUUCACCCACAAAACCAGAAUCCUGCAGUGUGAGAACUUGGCCAUCUUCAACGAGCAUUUCCGUUGGCCUUACUACGGCAAAGUAACCAGAGAGGAGGUUUUGACCGUCAGUGUGUACAACUGCAGUAAAGUCUUCUCCAACAGACUGCUCGGUAAGCUGGUUGUCAGUCUCCAGCAUGUUGUUACCGCGGGAAGGCUGUUGCUACGGGAACCGCUCACUGAUGCCAACUACAGCCUGACUGAUAUCUACAUCGAGUUGGACGUUCGAUAUCACCCAGUUGAGGGAACAGCAGGAGGUUGGGAUGGAGUCGACUUCCUCAGAGUUGAAGACCAGGAUGAUUCAGGGCUCGUCAUCAGGAAUGAAGGAUUCAAUGACCCUGAGAGUCAGCCAACCAUCACUCGCCCAGGUCCGCUGGAGAAAGAGGCUCGGCGUCUGGGAAGGAGCCUGGUCCGGACUGGGGAUGAAGAUGACGAUGACGAUGAUGAUGAUUUUGAUGAUGACCUGAUGGACUUGGAGGCCUCUGACAUCAUCUUCACUCCUCUGCUGAGUCGUUCCAGGCCGAUGUCCAGGAAUGUUGCUGCGGCGACACCCAAAGUCCAGAGCUUCCAGGUGAAUGUGAACAUCCUGGAGGCUCAGAAGCUGGUUGGAGUGAACAUCAACCCCGCAGUUUUCAUCAGAGUCGGAGGUCAGAAAAAACACACCAAUACACAGAAAUCGACCAACUGCCCGUUCUACAAUGAGAACUUCCAGUUUGAGUUUCAAGAGCCUCCACAGAUCCUCUUUGAUAAAGUCAUAGAGAUAAAGGUGUUCCACAGGCGGACUCUGGCCUUCCUGAUGACCCACAUCGGAACCUUUAAGAUUGACAUCUCCACCGUGUUCAACCAGCCAGACCACCGCUUCUACCAGAAGUGGGCUCCUCUCACCGACCCGGCAGACACCAGGUCUGGGAUCAAGGGUUACGUCAAGGCCAGCCUCAGUGUGCUGAUGAGGGGAGAUGCCCUGAGCAUGUCCAGUCUGCCACCACCCUCCACGAGCGGAGCCAGUGAGGACAUAGAAAAGAACCUGCUGCUUCCUCGUGGUAUGCCAGUCGAGCGUCCAUGGGCUCGGUUUCGUGUCCGUGUCUACAGGGCCGAGGGUCUGCCCACCAUGGAGGAGGGGCUGAUGGCCAAGAUGUCAAAGGUUACUGACCGGACGGUCUUUAUUGACCCCUAUGUGCAGGUGACCUUCGCUGGACAACAGGGGGAGACAUCGGUCGCCAGCGCCACCAGCUCUCCAGUUUGGAACGAGGAGAUUUCCUUCAUUGAGCAGUUUCCUCCUCUGGCUCAGCGAAUCAGAAUCCAGGUCCUUGAUGAUGCAAAGAUGGGAGACAUCGCCCUAGCAACACACUACCUGGACCUGCAGCAGAUUUCUGACCCCACCAGGAACGGGUUCAACCCCACCUUCGGUCCAUGUUGGGUGAACCUGUACGGUUCUCCUCAGAACUCCACCCUCGGAGACGUCCACCAGGCUUUGAACCAGGGUCUGGGUCAUGGAAUCUUCUAUCGUGGUCGAAUCCUCCUCGCUCUCACUGUGGAGGUUUACUCCUCCCCUGCUGCCGUCACUCAAGAUGCGGCCUCUGCAGCUUUGGGAAAGAUGAAGGGAGCGCUGGGGAAACUGGGACUGAGGAAGAAGAGGAGCAGCAAGAAGGAGAAGAAUAGGGAAGCAUCCGUGGCUGCCAGCGGAACCGGCGACGAUUCAGGAGAGGCGGGAGUUGAGGUACCAGAGUCAGUUACCGUGGAGGUCGAGGAGAUCCACCCACUCCCUGAGGGUUUCCUGGGACAAAGGGAGGAGUUUCUGUUGUUCGCAUCACUGUUUGAGAUCACUAUGAUGGACCCGUCUGUAGGAACCAGACCGAUGUCCUUUGAACUCUCCAUAGGGAAUUAUGGAAAGGCCGUAGGGGUCGGGAGAUCCAAGAAAGGCCAGAGCAAAGACGAGCUGAGGAGGAGCAGGGACGAACUGCGGAGGAGCAGGGAGAAUCUAAAUGAAGAGGCUCAGAGUCUGCUGGAGUCAGAGGAAGAGCUGGACAGAGAGGAGGUGCUGAGUCCCGAACCUGAGAUCAGAUCUGUGUCUGCUGUCAUGAGACCCCAACCCACCGAGUACGACAGGUCGUUCCACUGUAUUCCUCUCCAACCUCCCUCUGAGAAACAGAAGCCUUGUCUGUUUAUCUGGAGUCAGUUUGAAGAUCACAGCUUUCGUCUCUAUCAGGCAAACUGGCUCAACAAGACAGCCGACAGGCUGGAGAUUGGCCUUGAUGAGGUGGACCGUCUGUUGAGGAGGCCGAAGAGUAACGCAAAGGAGCGUUUGGUGGAGGUGCUGCUGGAGCUGGUGGCCUCCUGCAAGCAAUUUAGUGUUAUCGCAGACAGGAGGUCUCAGUCUCGUCCCAAUAACCUGGACAGAUGCAGGAAGGAGUUUAUCAAGAAGAGUUUGGUUUUUGUGGCCAGACAGGCGGUGAGAGCUAGGCGAAGGGUCACCAGGCGGACGGUCAAACAGCGGUUGAUGGACAGCAGGAAACUCCUGCGGAAACUCCGCCUACUUGCUAUAGAGCCCCAGACUACUAUUCCUGAUGUGUUUCUAUGGUUACUGAGUGGAAGCAAGCGAUUGGCUUAUGUCAGGAUUCCUGCCUACUCCAUCCUCUUCUCAUUGGUGGAGGAGCAGAGAGGGCGAGACUGUGGCAGAGUGACCACCCUAUACAUGAAGUCUCCAGGAGGUUCAGCAAGUGAGAUCUUUGCGAAGCUGGAGGUCUACCUGUGGCUUGGUCUGGCUAAGUAUAAUAAAGAAGCCACCGGCUGCUUGCCGGACGAGUUUUUACCAGUCUAUGAGGAGGAGGAGGAGGAGGAGCAGCAGAGGAGGCUGGUACCUGGGGGGAAGAGGAAGCUUCCUGUCAGUCUGUCCUGCCAAGACAGCAGGUACUUCCAGCUACGAUGUCACCUGUACCAGGGGCGUGGCCUGAUGGCUGCUGAUGAUAACGGCUUAUCAGAUCCUUUCCUCAAGGUCGUCUUCUCUACACAGUGCCAGGUCACCAGGGUGUUAUAUGAAACUCUCUCUCCGGCCUGGAGCGAGUGUUUGUUGUUUGACAGAGUCCUGAUGGAGGGAACUAGGGAGGAGCUCCAACAAGACCCGCCCCUCAUCACCAUCACCGUCUACGACUACAACUCCAUGGGCGCUGUGAGGCCUCUGGGUCGGGCAUUUGCAGAGCCGGAGAUUAAAUUUGUGGAGCGGUACUACCAGAAGCCCCGCCUCCAUUUCUUUGACAUCAGCAUGGGCAGACACCCUGCUGGCGAGCUGUUGGCUGCCUUUGAGCUCAUCGAGCUGGACUACUCUGGGUUUGGAGAGCCCUGCAUCCCCAGCAGUGUGGACCCUCAGGAGCUGACCUACGUGGAGGAGGAGAGCUGCUACAUCAUCCCAGAAGGAGUCCGACCUGUUCUGAAGACCUUCAGGAUCGAGGUGCUGUUCUGGGGUCUGCGGGAGCUGAAGCGGGUGCACCUGUUUGAGGUGGAGCGUCCCCUGGUGAGGGUGGAGUGUGCAGGAAAACAACUGGAUUCUGAAGAGAUGGAGAGCUACAGCUCUCACGGCAACUUCAAAGAGCUGGUCGGCUACAUGGACGUGGAGCUGCCAGAGCAGGCCUACCUCCACCCUCCUCUGACAUUGUUUGUGGUGGAGCAUCGGGCGUUCGGUCGGCUUGCUCUGGUCGGGACUCAUGUGGUCCAGAGUCUCAUGGACUACGGCCCGCGAAAACCUGGGGAGGAUGAAGAUGAGGAAGAUGAUGAGCCAAAACCAAAAGUGAAGCAGACUCCGAAGACUGUUGAUGCUCUGAUGUCAGUGAAGCGUUUGGGACUCAGCGGCCUGUCAGUUACACAGACAAAGAUUCCCAUCAACCCCAUCAAACUGGUUGAUGCUCCUCUGAAGAAGCUGAUGAAGAUGGGUGAGGAACUAGAAGAGGAGCCGCCUGAGAAGGAGGAGUUGGAUUGGUGGUCCAAAUACUACGCUUCACUGGAGGAGAUGGAGAGAAAGGCUGCUGAGGAGGAGGAGGAGGAGCUGGAGGAACAAGCAGAGACAGAUGCAGCGAAUCUGACUAUGGCGAAUAUCGAAGAGGAGGAGGAGGAGAUUGUGGUCGUGGAGACUGAGCCUCCCAAACGCAAGAGCAUUGCCACACUACAGCUGUACGGAGGUGAUCUGGAGUCAGAGUUCAGUCAGUUUCAGGACUGGCUGCACAUAUUCCCGCUGUAUAAAGGCAGAGCAAGCAUUGAAGAUGAUGAGGAGGAUGAAGAGGAGAGGCUGAUGGGAAAAUAUAAGGGCUCCUUCCUGAUUUAUCCGAUCGAUGCAAGAGAUGAAGAAGACACCACAUGUCAGAUCACCAAUGGACUCCCCAAAAACUCAGCGAUCAAAGUCUUGAUCCGAGUCUACGUCAUCAAGGCCACCAAUCUGGCUCCCACAGACCCGAAUGGUAAAGCUGACCCGUAUCUGGUGGUUCAAGCUGGAGAGCAAAGUUUGGACACCCAAGAUCGAUAUAUCCCCAAACAGCUCAACCCCACGUUUGGAGAGAUGUUUGAAUUCACAGUGUCCUUUCCACUGGAGACGGAGUUGGUUGUCAGAGUGAUGGACCAUGAUAUAAUAGGGUCUGAUGACGUCAUCGGUGAGACCCGACUUGAUCUGGAGAACCGGUUCUACAGCCGCCACAGAGCCUCCUGCGGUCUGGCUCUUUACUAUGACACUGAAGGUUACAAUGUGUGGCGUGAUGCGAAGAAACCAUCAACCAUUUUGGCAGAGCUCUGCAGGAAGAACGGCAUCUCGUUACCGGAGUAUAGAACAUCUGAGGUCAAAGUCCUCAACAAAAUCUUCAAGAUCCCACCUGAUGCAAUACCUGAAGAUCUGCUGAAGAAGAACCAGCGGACUCCACAGGAGGAGGCAGAGAUGGAGGAACACGCAGCCCUGAGCGUGCUGCGGCGCUGGGGGGAGAUGAACGAGUUCCUCCCUGGAGCCCUUCCUCUGGUCCCAGAGCAUGUGGAGAUCCGGUCCCUGCUGAACCAGGACAAACCUGGACUGCCACAGGGUUACGUUCAUAUGUGGGUUGACAUGUUUCCAAAUGAUGUGCCGGCUCCACCCCCUGUUGACAUCAAGCCACGCCUACCUGAACAGUAUGAGCUACGUGUUAUCAUCUGGAACACUGACGACGUGUUUCUGGAUGAUGUCAACCCGUUCACCGGUGUCCCAUCGUCCGACAUCUACGUCAAAGGAUGGAUAAAAGGACUAGAAGGAGAAAAACAGGAGACUGACGUCCACUUCAACUCUCUGACUGGAGAAGGAAACUUCAACUGGAGAUUUGUGUUCCGCUUCGACUACCUGCCUACUGAGAAAGAGGUGGUGUUUAAGAAGAAGGAGUCCAUUUUCUCUCUGGAGGAGUCAGAGUUUAGACAGCCAGCUGUUCUGACGCUGCAGGUCUGGGACUACGACCGCAUCCUUGCCAACGACUUCCUGGGCUCCAUAGAGUUACGCCUCAAUGACAUGGUGCGAGCUGCAAAGUCCUCCACGAAGUGUACGAUUCAGAUGGCGAAGGAUCGAGCCAACCCUCGAUUCUCCAUCUUCCGUGCCAAGAAGAUGAAGGGCUGGUGGCCGCUGACUCGUCUGAAGACGGCCGAGGACUUCGAGAAGGAGGAGAAGGAGAAGGAGGAGGCCAAGAAGAAGGGAAAGAAGAAGAAAAAGAAGGACAAGAGGAGCAAGAUGAGAGAAGAGGACAUCCAGUACACCGACAGCCUUGGCAACACUUACCUACUAAUGGGAAAGGUGGAGGCGGAGCUACAGCUGGUGACGUUAGAACACGCAGAGGCCAACCCAGUGGGGCGGGGACGCAAGGAGCCGGAGCCUCUGGACAAACCAAAUCGUCCCUCUACCAGCUUCAACUGGUUCGUCAACCCGAUGAAGACCUUCAUUUUCCUCAUCUGGAAGAAGUUCAAGAAGUUCAUCAUCGCUCUGGCCAUCCUCGCCAUCCUCACGCUCUUCCUCGCCCUCAUCAUCUACACACUGCCGCAGCAGAUCUCCACCCUCAUCGUCAAAGGAUGAAGAAACCUGCAGGGAGUCUUCCUCACCUCCUCCUGGAUGUCACAGACUGUAUCAGGUUUCUGAUCCUGAACUCAUGUCAUAUUUAGUCUGAUCAGUAAAACUUGUGAUUUAAUAAGUGUACACUGACUGCACUACAUUACCCAGCAUCCUCAUGUAUAUAAACACAACUUGGAUCAUGGGAGCAAAAAUCAGAGGUUUGGUUUUACUGUUGGAUUCACCAGAGGAAAUUACUGGAUGAUUACUGCAGAUUUAAGUCACAUAUUUAUAUUCUGUAAAUUAAACACGUCGAGCAGCGCUGGAAGGAUUUGUGGAUAAACACAAAUCUGACGGAUGAAUCAGCACCAAAACAUAAACAUAACUCUAUUGUAUGAAAGUGUAAUUUUGUUGAUUAAAUAUAAAUGUGGUUGCAAAUUUUAUAUUUGG